AUGGCGUGCAGUGGCCAGGGCCAAAAGCUGCAGGUGAUGGUGCAGCCCAUCAACCUCAUCUUCAGAUACUUGCAAAACAGAUCUUGGAUUCAGGUAUGGCUUUUUGAGCAAGUGUUUAUGUGGGUAGAGGGCUGCAUCAUUGGUUUUGAUGAGUAUAUGAACCUCGUAUUAGAUGAUGUAGAAGAGAUUCAUUCUAAAAAAAAGUCAAGAAAACAACUAGGUUGGAUCAUGCUAAAAGGAGAUAUUACUCUGCUCUAA